UCUGAAGAACAAUACGAAGUACAGGGGCGCUGUGUUUUUUGUUUUCAGAACGGAACCUAUAGUUUGUCGACCAAACAGGAUGCAGAUGUUAAAAUAUACAAUCCAAAGUCACAAUAGCUGUACGCGAACGCUUCCAUUUGCUGGACCAGAUGACAUUUCACAUACACCCUUGGUAUAUGUAAGCGAAUAAAUGUAAAAAAAUACAAAAACAAAAUAAUAAUAAAGAAGGAAUGAUGUUCUUGUUUUUUGUGCUAUUUCACUUUCUCCGUGGGACUGAAGGAACAAACACUGAGCCAGCCGAGACGAUCUGUACCGCCACUGCCUGCUUCACUUUUGCCCUUACGCCGCUGGCGUUUGAAGACGCUCAGAAUAACUGCCAGGAUAAUGGGGGCAAUUUAGCAGUAAUAACGGAUGGCAACGAAGCUGCAGAGAUCCACUCGGCUCUUUCGCGGAUUGGCAAAAGGCAUCAGGGAAAGCAUUUCCAGUUUUGGAUUGGACUUACAUUACGAAAGGGGAACUGUGCAGUACUCAAAGACGAAUUCAGGGGUUUUAAAUGGAUUAACGGAAUGACGGAUACAAAAUACGCAAACUGGGAUCGUGAACCUAAAUUCACCUGUAUCGAAGAUCGCUGUGUCGCAAUUAAUCAUGCCUCAUAUCCAUCAGAGACUGCUGAUCUCAGAUGGAGAGACCGUUCGUGCAAAGACGGCGUUGGUUUUGUGUGUAAAUUUAAUUUCAAGGGCAUGUGUAACUCUCUUGUUCUGGCAGGACCUGGAGAAAUUACAUACACAACCCCUUUUGUCACUAAACCACUGAGCGAUGGAAAUGCGUUGACUAUGCUCCCAUACGGAACUUCCGUGGCGAUUACAUGUCAGGGUGAAAAAACAUACUCCGUUUGUAAAGACGUUAAUGGUGUUUUUGACUGGACCAACCCGGGUCCGUUUUGCGAAUCCAUUUUACAGGGCUGUAAACAUGCAAACGGAAGCUGCGAUCAUCACUGUUUGGAAAGCGACCAAGGUGAAGUUACCUGUGGAUGCAGAGAAGGUUAUGAGCUUGGUGAAGACAAAGUGACAUGCGUCCAGAAAGAUUUGUGCAAGGACUCUCUCUGUAAAUUCGGCUGCGUUUCGGGUCCUACAAGUUAUAAAUGCACUUGUGAAUCUGGAUUUAAACUAGCCGAGGACGAAAUCAGUUGCACUGACAUCGACGAGUGCGCCGAUACCGGCGAAUCACGUGUCUGUGAACAUAUCUGCAUGAAUAUUAAUGGAAGUUACGAUUGCAUUUGUAAAAAUGGAUAUAAGAUGGUUGAUGGAAAAUGUCAAGAUAUAGAUGAAUGCAUUGAACACAGGUGCCCUCAGCAAUGUUUAAAUUCAGAAGGGUCUUUCUCGUGUCAAUGCGUUGUAGGCUAUACUAGGUUAAAUAACGGACUGAGCUGCGUGGAUAUUGAUGAGUGCAUUAACAGUCCUUGCGAAGGAAACUGCAUCAAUACUAUUGGUAGUUAUAAAUGCUUUUGCGAAGGGAAUUAUAGACUGGCAGCCAACGGAAUCACCUGCAUACCUAUUCAAGGCUUGAACACGAUUCCCACGAAGGUGUCAACGGAGGCGAAAGAAAGUCAAGAUAGUGUGAAUUUAAAGGUUACAACAGACCAUGAGUUAUUUAAAGACACUCAUUCUUUUGGCAUGUACGACGAAUCCACGACUAUUACAUACGAAGUGAAAUCCAGUUACACAGCUAAUAACAGUUUGUUCUCACCGACGCUGGAAGCACCUUCUUCAAACAGAAGUGUGCUGGGGAAAAACGCAUUUACUGAUACGUGGAUGUUUGUCGGCAUUGCGAGCUCAGUGGCUGGGCUUGUAAUAUUAAUCAUUGUCAUUUUGAUUGUGGUAGCCUGCUUUUAUAAUCGUGAGAAAGGCAAAAAGAAGAAAAACCUAACUCCAGAUAACUACUGCUGGGUGUCAUCAGACUGAAGGAAACACACAAUACAUACAGCAAUAAAAAACAAGGUACACAACGGAAAUGUCAGCCAGUGAUCAGAAUGUGUCCUGUUAAUUCAUUUUUAAAUCAAAAUGGUCUAAUUGGGUUACAAAGGGAAGUUACUCUGACUGAAUCAUGGCUGAACCGAUGUUAAAUAUUUUGUGCAUUUUUGUAUUAUGUCAUCACAGUGUCAUCUGCAAAAUAAACCAUGUUCUGUAUGAUCACAA